GUUAACUACGUUUUUCUGUUUAACAGUUCAUUAUUAAUACAUACAUGCAACUGCAAAUACAAAUAUUCUCAAAUACAAGUUGAUAAAUUUGAAUUUCCAUCCUCUAUGUGUCGUGCACAAUUUUGUUCAUUGUUUAGUUCGGUCAUUCGGAGAGGACACGCGUAUUACGUCGAAGUUAGACUUACAAUUUAGAUAUGUCAUUACACACGCGUAUUCAUUCUGUCUUUUUUUUUAAAAGCAACAAGAAGGACGCAUAUUCUAGAAUGCCAAAUGACGACAAUAAAUGAGGAAAUUUGCUAAUACGUACUUGCGAAAACUGUUCGCCGACAUUAAUUCUGUACUGCUUAAAAUUCAAAGCUAUUAUGCAUGCAGUGUGAUCAUACUCUAAAAGAUCCCCGUCUAUUGCGUGAAUGUGUGUGUAAGGAAAUGUGUACUAGUGGAAAGAUUUUGGAACGGAGGUCGGAGUACUUUACAGUUCAAAUUGAUACGUCGUUGAAUUCACAUCAGGUACGGUCUGCUAUCGAAGUAAUAGAUAGAUAAUAAAACAGAGAUUCCUCUCGUGUAAAUACUGCGUAGAAAAUCCUUAUUGAUUUUGUACUGUAAGUAAAAGAGACUUCGAAACUUAAUCAUCAGAUUUUUAUAUAACGCAUAAUUUAGAUUGCAUCGCCAAUUUUAUGCUAGAAGACCGAGAAACGUGGAAUUUAUCUAUUCUUGUAAACAUAAUAUUUAUUAACGAAAUAUGAUCGAAUUUAUUUGUUUUUGCCGAAUAUUUAUGAAUGUAUAACUCUUUUAUUACAUGUAUCUUAAAAUACCUCAUUGCGUAAUGAUAUAAUUUAUACAAAACUGUGUUCGUUAUGCGAAUUAAACAGGUCAAGCACGAAAAUGUCAUCAGAUUAUGUGAAUGAUUUAUUGGAUUUUUCCGAAGCACCGUCCUUAAGUGAAAAGAGUGAAAUAAUAGCAUUUUUUAACAAUGCUACAGUUCUGGUAACAGGCGGAACCGGUUUUCUCGGAAAAUUACUCAUCGAAAAGUUACUGAGAAGUUGCCCGGGUAUUACGAAAUUGUACAUGAUAGUCAGACCGAAAAAGGGCAAAACAGCUGAAGAACGAUUUAAAGAAAACUUUUCUGAGAUUAUAUACGACCCGUUGAAAAAGGAACAACCGAAUUUUCUAAACAAGAUAGUAAUGUUGGAGGGUGAUGCUAGCAAAGAAAAUUAUGGAUUAUCAGAAGAAGAUAAGAGCCUUGUGAUGACUGCAAAUGUUAUUUUUCAUGCAGCUGCGGUAGUACGAUUUGACGAGAAAAUUCGUACAGUUACAAACACCAAUGUUAGAAGUACAAAAUUCAUAUUAAAGUUGGCGAAGGAAAUGCCAAAUCUUAAGGCAUUUGUCUACGUAUCGACCGCAUUUUCUCAGUGCACAGAGAAAGUAAUUAAUGAGAUUCAUUAUAAAAAUAUCAUGGACGCAGAUAAGGUCCUGGCAUUAGUGGAUAUUAUAGACGAUGAUAAGAAACUUGAACAAAUUACCCCUACAUUGAUUGAUAAAUGGCCCAAUACUUACGUGUAUACUAAAGCAUUAGCAGAAAAUAUGAUUUUAAAACACAGUGAAGAUCUUCCCGUAUGUAUUGUACGACCUAGUAUUGUUAUAUCUACUUAUAAAGAACCAAUAGCCGCAUGGACAAAUAACUUGUAUGGAGCUACAGGUGUAGUUAUAGGAAGUGGUGUUGGUUUAUUACGCACGUUACACUGUUACCCAGACAACAUAUCAGAAAUUGUCCCAGCAGAUUAUGUGAUUGCCAACAUUAUUGCUGCUGCUUGGGACACAGCCAAAAGGAAGGCUUCACUGACCCCAGCUGAAUUUUCUAAUUUAAAAGAUGAAGAGAAGAUACCAAUUUAUAAUUAUGUAUCAUCUUGUCAAAACCCCAUACAUUGGGGGCUUUUUAUGAAACUAAAUUCAACGAUUGGAGUCACGGUACCUCCUAUAAAUGCUAUAUGGUAUUACAUGUUGAUACUUAAUAAAUAUUUAUUUGUGCACAACGUUAGUGCUUUCUUUCUCCAUACAAUACCAGCAAUAAUUAUGGAUGGACUGGCUUACCUUACGGGCAGAAAACCCAUGUUACUGGAUGCAUAUAGAAAGAUACAUAAAUUUAGUCAUGUGAUAAGCUUUUUUUGUACAAAUCAAUGGAGUUUCCGGGAUAAUAAUGUUGUCAAGCUAUGGGAAAGAAUGAAUCCUGCUGAUCAAGAAAUAUUUCACUUUAAUAUAAAAGCAUUAGAUUGGGAGGAUUACUUUCUCGUACAUAUAAAAGGUCUGCGCGUAUACAUGUUGAAAGAUCCCAUGGAUACUUUAGAGCCUGCACGCGCCAAGUAUAAAAAACUAAAAAUCGCCCACUACACGAUUCUAAUACUAGGUUCCCUAUUACUUUUAUGGACUGUGGGACAAUUUCUAUGCUACCUGUGGUCUUUUUUUUAAAUUCACUGUUGCUUAUACUGCACUGUUUAGGUACUUAUUGCCAUUUUGUCUAUUUUAUUCAGUGCCGCAUAUCUAUAAUGCAGUAUAUUUUUAUCUUAUUUUACCAAACGAGGGUGUUCAGGCAUUUACUAUUAACCCUUUCACUGCGGCGCGAUUUUGGAAUAAUCCAUCAGUAUGGACGGCGCGUUAUACGCACGUCGGACGCUGCAAUGGCGUAUAAUUUACGUCUCUUGUAUAUACUGAUAGGCUUCUAAGGACGUAUAUUUACGUCUUUCGUAUAUAUCGAUGGACUUUUCAGGACGUAUACUUUCGUAGUGAAAGGGUUAAUCAUUGUUUUUCUUAGUUUCUUUACUACUAAUCAUUAUUUUUCUUAAUUCGUUUUCAAUUUAAGAUAGAGUCCGAACCACCAUAAUACUGAAAUUGCAGUAAGGAUAUAAAAAUUACUUUUUAGAGAUAUAGACCUCAGAGUCUUAUGCAGGAAUCGAACCCAGGAUCUGUGAAGGAUAUGAGCCCGACGGAUCAGAGCCGUCACGACUCCCAAGUAGUGCCGUAUGCCUACUUUCAUUCGUAUCUUUUCAUUCCUGUUUCGUUAUAGCGAUAGUAGAUGCCGCCACAGAUCUAUAUGAUCUGCUCUUUUAAUACCCGAACACCCUUCGCAAUACCCUUCACUUUGUGAGAAAUAAAGAAUUUUUGGAAUUUGGAAUUAUUUUAAUACAAGGACACUCGUAGUGGAGCAUUGAAUAAACAUUGCACCUACUAUCUCCUUUAAUAGAAUAUACUUAUAAACUU